CUUCCGUGAGCCCCGGGGCAACCAUACACUUCUUCGUUGUCAAUAUUUCACUGCCUCAAUGCACUCGCAAAUGUGCGAAGAUUUGUAUGCUGCGGCGCAUACAUGCCAGUGCAGCACCAAACGGCCUCCAAAUGGCUCAUCUGUUCCUGCCAAGGCCAGCCUCCUGCAAUGUAAGGAUGCAAGUCAGAUGAACGCAGGGUAUACGAUCGAACCAAGUCGAUAGAUGUCAGAAGUAGUGCUGAGACACAGACAAUCUGAACAACCGCAGGCGGCAGCAUGAUGAUGCUCCCCAUGGGGUAUCGCAUGGACCAGCUCGGUGGCUUGAAUGACCGGUCACCGCACUCAUUCUCCUACAUCCUCAAUUGAUCCUCAUCACGACGAAAGGCGAUGCUCCGGCAACAAAGUUGGGCAUCGCAUCCAAGACGUGACGAACGCGGAACUCAACGCUACUGCGGACUUCAGCGUCGUACACAUGCGCUGUUGCAAGUGCAACAACGCCCUUAAUUGGUUGGUUACUUGGCGGGACCCGUCGCGAAGCGUGGUAGCACUGUGGCGUGCCGACUGGCAGCCACGGAGUCAGACAGACCGAGGGCCUCAAGUUCAACAAGCCUGGCUGGCCCGUUUUGUGCCCAUUGUGCACAUAUCAGUCCGCACAAGUGGGUUUUUUGUCGAAUCGAAUGUUGCGGACACUAAGGCAGGCACUGGAUGCGAAUUCGGCGCGCGGGAAGGCGGGCGGCUCGGAGACCGUGGGCGCCAGAAUAGGCAAGGGGAUCGCCAGGGAGACGGGUGCGAUGUGGUAACUGCGAGUCUCGAUUUCGAUGAGAACAGAACAACACAAUCCGAACAGUUGUCUUCGGCGCGCCCCUAUCACGCUAGUCAUGCCCGCGUCGCGCCCUGCUCCCUCUCUCACCCUCCCCUUCCUCCCUUUCCAGGUGCCGGCGCACCCUCUAGCAGCCAGCCUGCAGUCCAUUCCUUUCUGCCUGGCCCCUCCUUCGCCUUCGCCUUCGCUUUCGUUAUCCGCGGUCGCUGCUCGCAGGUCUUCGCACUCCGGCCCGUGUCAUCUGAGAUGCUUUUGUCUGGUUUCUGAGCUUUCCAAGUCUCCCCCGGCCUCGCUCGAUGCACGCAAUCUGUCUCUCUCAGGCCCCAAUUCUGCGCUGUCAAUCGCUCACAGAGGUCGAGUCUGGUGUUC